CUCCCACCCCCAUCGCAUCUUGUCCUCUUACUUGCCAGUUGUGGCUAUUUAACCCAGUUUACCUCUCCUUUUUUUUUCUCCGAUUGUGAGUCUCGCAUCACAUCGUCCCGCGUCUUCCUCGUCUGCUGCUUUAUUUUUGCUGCUGCGGCUCUCGGACUCCUCGCUCUCGCUCUGCUUCGAGUAUAUAUUAUUUUUGGUCAAGGUUUUGUUGCUCUACUUGAAGGAAUGCGAACACUUUCCAUCCGUCUUCUGUGUGGCCACAUGACGAAGCUGCCCUGACCGUUUUCCUCCGGUCCUCUCUCUCAGGUCUGACGCGUAGCUGUCCAUGGUGCUGAAACGCUUUCUUACCCUCCGAACAGACCGGUGCGCUGCUGCUCCCAAACAUCCACAAAUACAGUCCGUAUUUUCUGCAUCUUUUCGCGUCUUGCUGGUGAGUGCGUUUCAGCAAUAGCCAGUCAGUCUUCCCGGCGAGCCUUCUGAACUCAACAACAGACGGAGUUGGUGUUAAAGGAAGCAAAAGAAGAAUCGACUGCGACUCUCCCAAAAGAGACGAUCGAUUUCAGGAGGACACAAAUUUCGAGACUUGACAAAAAAAAGAACAACUACAAAAUCAUGCAUGGACGAUUGCUGUAACACAACUUAGCCUGGAGAUAUUUGCUCUUUAAAGAACCAGUUGGGCAACUGGAAAUAGCGGAUGAAUAAUCUUUAUUUGUAGCAUAUCCAAAAACAUUUUUCUCGGGCGGGGGGCUCUUUCUCCUCUGCUGGAUCAACUUAGACAACCCCCCUCCCUCCCUCCCUCCCUUAAAUAAAACUUGUCCUGAAUACCAAAUGUUAGUUUGAGGAGGCCUCGACCAAGACAAUGGAGGCGUCCGCCAACGGGUCCAGUUUUGGCAUCGACUCGCUGCUGUCCCGCAGGCCUGGAAGCCCGGUGUCCAAAGGGGACAGCCUGGUGGGGGAGUGCCGCUCGCCGCUGGAGUUCAGCCCGAGAUCAGACGCGGAGAGCGGCUGCUCGUCGCCUCCGUCGCCGCGAAGGGAGUGCGCGGACGAGGUGGCCCAGAGGCAAGGUCACGGCGUCGGCCUGCCGCCGCACCUGCAACACGCGCAGAUAUCGGCGGGUUCGCAACAGAGGACCGUGACCUCGUCGUUCCUCAUCAGAGACAUUCUCGCGGACUGUAAGCCCCUCGCCGCGUGCGCGCCCUACUCCAGCAAUGGACAGCCGACUCAGGAGGCGGGCAGGCUGGUCUCCAAGAUAGCAGAAGACUUUAUGGAGAAAAUCCACAGCAACUCGUCGUCAGACAGUGAAUAUAAAGUGAAAGAGGAGGGGGACAGGGACAUCUCCAGCAGCAGGGACAGUUCUCAGGUCCGGAUGAAGAAGCCCAGGAAGGCCCGGACGGCCUUCACGGACCACCAGCUGGCCCAGCUGGAGCGCAGCUUCGAGCGGCAGAAGUACCUGAGCGUCCAGGACCGCAUGGAGCUGGCGGCCUCCCUCAACCUCACCGACACGCAGGUCAAGACCUGGUACCAGAACCGGAGGACGAAGUGGAAGAGGCAGACGGCGGUGGGUCUCGAGCUGCUGGCGGAGGCCGGGAACUACUCCGCCCUGCAGAGGAUGUUCCCAUCCCCGUACUUCUACCCGCAAAGCCUGGUGUCCAACCUGGACCCCGGAGCGGCCCUCUACCUGUACAGAGGCCCCUCGGCGCCCCCGCCGGGCCUGCAGAGACCCCUGGUCCCGCGGAUCCUGCUGCACGGCCUGGGGGGCGGUGAGCCGCCUCCGCUGCCUCUACCCCCCAUGUCCAGCGUGCUUACUCGGCCGACUCAGCGGUGAGCCGGUCCCUGCUGGCUUCCCUUUUUUUUUGUACGCCGAACUCGGCAGGACUCCUAAGAAGAAAUGAAACAAAGACUGAUACAAAUAAAAACGGGACGAGCCAGAGAAAAAUAAAACUGUUGGAGGCCUUUAUAUGGUGCGAGGCGGCCGAUUGAGGCUGAACCCUGGACGGAGAGGAGUGACUCAAACUGACUGUGUUGGAGGAUUCUUUCCCUGUUUUUUUUUGUUAUUUUUGGGACAUGAGCUUUAUUUAUAACCUAUUUAUUUUUAAUAUGAAUCAACGCAUCUAAGUUAUGUAUUUAUUUGAUCCCAGUUUCAGUAUUUUUUGUGUUUUUCCCAACAACAGAUAUAAUUGUUGGUGGAACUUUGACCAACAGUUCAAUGCCAAUUAGACUCCCUGGUAUUAUUAUUAUUAUUAUUAUUAUUAUUAUUAUUAUUAUUAUUAUUAUUAUAUCAUUAUUAUUACUACGUGGAUGUUCAUGGAUAUUGGCAAAGUAGCAUCCUUCCAUGUAAUAUGAAUAUAAUAGAGGAUCCAAAGGUAUUAGUAAAUAUUUCUUUUUUUGCCCUUUCUAAAUCCGUCUUGACUUUUCUUUCCACGUGAAGAACAAGAUGAUCAGCAGUCAUAAACCUGUAAAUAAGAAUAUUUUGCAUUUUAUUCGAAAGAGACUGAUUUUAAAAGAAACCUUUUCGUUUUGUUCGUUUGUUUGAUCUAUUUUGUCCGUCUUUUUCAGACCGCGGAGAUCCAGUUUAACAUAAUAAACUAGAUUAGCCGAUCAGAAACUAUACAGGAGAACGAGUCAGAAUAAUAAUGAAAAAUAUUAAUAAACAUAUUAGUCUGAGAAGGGAAGCCUGGACCCAGAUAGAGGCACAAACACGAGAGCUGCGGGGGGGGGGGGGGGGGGGG